CUGUCAGAAUCCCUGAGUGACACCAAGACCCCGCAGCUGCCAUGGGCUCCCCAGAGAGAAGAGGCUUCAUUGAGUCUGUGGUUGAGUACCUCUGGGACACAAGGAGCAAGGAGGACCUGAAGCUCCAGCUGAAUGAAGUGGUAGAGUGGCAACACUUCUCAGUUUCAGGAGUUGGUCUGUCCUGUUACAGGGAAGAGAAAAUUUCCUUGCAUGAUUCUCUUGGUGAGAGGGUUGGAGAUCCUGAUGGAGAGGAAGAUGUCCAUGAAGAUGAGCUCCAAAAUGACCUGCAGGACAAGACAGGGAGGAAAAAGAAAGAUGACUUGUGUGAAGCUCCUGCUAAGACCAUAGUGGAUCCUGAUGUCGGUGAUGACAACAAGCUCCAAAAUGACAUGCAGAUGAAAAAAAUGUUUUUGGAAGUUUAUCCUCAGGUGAAACUGGAGCUUGAGCAGCAGAUCAGGAAGCUGCGUGCCCUUGCAGACAAGAUUGACAAGGUACACAGGGACUGCACCAUCACACAAGUGGUAGCCAGCUCCACCGGGGCUGUGUCUGGAGUCCUGACCAUCCUGGGUCUCGCUCUGGCACCUGUGACAGCAGGAGUCAGUCUGGGACUUUCAGCCACAGGCUUGGGACUGGGGGCAGCAGCAGCUGUGACAAGUGUGUCCACAGCUAUUGUGGAAAAGGUCAGCACAGUGUCAUCAGAAGCUAAAGCAAAGGACACAGGUAAGGCCAUUAAAGAAAUUUUGGAGGAGAGCACCCCCAAGCUUAUUUCCAUAUCCAAGAAUUCCUUCCAGAACCUGAAAGUCAUCAAGAAGAACAUUGAUGCCAUCAAGCUGGCCAAAGCUAAUUCUCACCUAGCAAAUAAUGCCAAGCGUCUCAUGACCACAGGAAGGGUGUCAGCCCAAAACGCUAGACAGGUGCAGAAAGCCUUUGGAGGCACUGCUCUAGCAAUGUCCAAAGGAGCCCGGAUCAUGGGUGCAGCCACUGCAGGUCUCUUCCUGGUGCUGGAUGUGGUGAGCCUUGUGCAAGACUCAGUGCAUUUGUCCGAGGGAGCGAAGACAGAGUCUGCGGCAAAGCUGAGGCAGCAGGCUCAGGACCUAGAGCAGAAGUUACAGGAGCUCAUCCGGAUCCAUGACAGCCUGACAAAGUGA